GAACGUCUUGCCUAGUUUUCAGCUUCUCUGUUAGGUAAAUCUUGAUUAGUCUGUUUAACUGAGACUGGGGAAGCACAUAAAACACUGCAGGCGAGAGGAAAGAAGAAGCAUCAGAAAAGGCUGAAAUGCCCCAAACACUGGAUGCUCGACAAGCUUGGCGGAGCUUUUGGCCCUAAACCAUCGCCCGGACCACAUAAGUCGAGGGAGUGCUUGCCGCUGAUCCUCAUCCUCCGGAACAAGCUAAAGUACGCUCUCAACUAUCAGGAGGUCAUUAAGAUCCUCAUGCAGCGACAUGUUUUGGUCGACGGCAAAGUCAGAACCGACCAGAAAUAUCCUGCUGGCUUCAUGGAUGUGGUCUCCAUUCCUAGAACAAGCGAGAACUUCCGCCUUCUUUACGACACCAAGCGCCGCUUCCGGCUUCGUUCGAUCAGUGACGACGAGGCUAAGUUCAAGCUGUGCAAAGUCCGAUCAGUGCAUCUCGGGAAAAAAGGGAUCCCCUACCUUGACACCUUCGACGGACGGACCAUCCGAUACCCGGACCCACUGAUUAAGGCCAACGACACUAUCAAGCUGGACCUCGAGACCUACAAAAUCACCAGCUUCAUCAAGUUCGAGGUCGGGAACCUAGUGAUGGCAACCGGCGGAAGGAACAGAGGCCGUGUCGGGGUCAUGAAGGUGAAAGAGAAGCACCAGGGGAGCUUCGACAUCAUCUACGUUCAGGACGCGGCCGGGAAAGAGUUUGCGACUCGGGAGGGGUACGUUUUCGUGAUCGGCGAGGGGACGAAGCCGUGGGUGUCGCUCCCCAAGGACAGAGGCAUCAAGCUGUCCACCGUGGAGGAGUCCAGGAGAAGACAGCAAGCACAUCCAUCCACUUAAACCGAACUACUUCUAUCGAUAGAAGUUGUCUGUGGCGAGACUCCAAUAGCAGCAGAGAAAUAUUAGUAUGCCCUAUCGGCUUCUUAG